GUCCAGUCGCGAGCAGGCAAACGCGCGCACGCCAUCCGAAAACCCGUUCGAAAGACGCGAUGACCUGCUACAAGGAGACAUAACAAUAACAAUAAUACUAAAACCUUUACAAAUUAAUAUAUCAGUUAUUACUAGUGCUCAAUUGUGGAACACACGAGUGAUUCAUUUUCCAUUAGUGAUCAGUGCGCGACUAGUGACAAGUGCGUGCCGGAUAAGACAACGCCUGGUGCGAUAACAGAAGAAACAAGUGUUUUACAAAAGCUCCUAUUACUGUGAAUUUUGAUGGAAGUUUAAACAAACCAGGACAUAUUCAGACAUUCAACGAAAACUAAAGAAGUUCGAUGCAUUUGAUCCAAAACUACUGAAUUCAGGAAACAUAUGUGAUAAAUACGACGGUCUACUUCAACUACAUAUCAGAACAACACAUUAUGAAAACGACGUUAUGACAAAUUGCAAACUUUAAACUCAUGACUGAGGAUUGUGAUGCGAAACACGCAAAACUAACCUUCAAAUGGCUUCAGUCAGAAAGAAAAGUAACAGAUUAAUAAAAUAUCAGAGAUAACGUAUAUAUUUUAUUAUUAUUUAUUACGUGUUAAAUAGAUAUACGAUUGAAUUAGAAUUUAGAAUUUAAAAAAUUAUAUCAAAAUGACGGUGAUGUCGAAAUUGCGUCAGGAUGUGACGAAUCGGAUAGCGGAGAUAAAUGGACCCAGCCAUAUACUGUCAAAAGGUCUUCUGGGGUCAGCUGUGUUGUUAUAUGCCAUUAAGUUGUCUUACCCCUAUAUUAAAAGAAAAUGUUCGAAAGCUACGACUAAUGCCAAAAUUACAGAAAAUAACAAUUAUUACGGAAACAAAUUAAACAAUGGCGAAGUCGACACCAUCAGCAAAACAAAGAAAAAGAAACAGAAACUUAAGGUUCCCGGUCUGGACAGGGAAUUCCUGCAACAAUUACAAGAACUAAUGUUUAUAAUGAUCCCAAGACCUAUGUGUAUGGAGAGUGGAUUAUUGGCUGUGCAUACCCUUUGUUUGAUUUCUAGGACUUUCCUAAGUAUUUACGUAGCUUCUAUGGAAGGUGCAAUAGUUAAACACAUCGUUAGGAAGGACUUCAGAAACUUUAUGAUAAUGUUGCUGAAAUGGUUUGGAAUUGCCAUACCAGCAACAUUCGUCAAUUCCAUGAUCAGAUACCUCGAGAAUAAGUUAGCAUUAGCCUUCAGAUCUCGCCUGGUUAACCAUUCAUAUAAAUUAUAUUUUAAUAAUCAAACUUACUAUAGAGUAUCAAAUUUAGAUGGAAGAAUUGAAAAUGCAGAUCACAGACUGACUGAUGACAUAUCAAUAUUUGCGAGCUCCGUCGCCCAUUUGUACAGCCAUAUAACUAAGCCGUGCUUCGAUCUCAUGCUGAUAGCACUCGCUUUGACUAGGUCGUCUAAGAAAAUGCAGGCGAAUUUCAUAUCAGGUCCACUACUUGCCAUUGUCGUAAUAAGCGUGACGGGACACAUAAUGCGUGUUGUUUCGCCGAAAUUUGGCCAGCUCGUCUCCGAAGAGGCCAACCGUCAUGGUUACCUCCGACACAUACACUCACGAAUAAUCACCAACGCCGAAGAAAUUGCUUUCUACGGCGGACAUAAGGUAGAAUUAAUGCAGUUACAAAAUGCAUAUAGCCGACUAGUAGCUCAAAUGAACAAUAUAUUCUCACAAAAACUUUGGUUUGUGAUGUUAGAACAAUUCUUUAUGAAGUACGUGUGGUCGGGAACCGGGAUGGUGAUGGUUUCGUUACCAAUCCUUACUUCGGGAAGAAAUUUAGAUCAAGACAGAUCUAGCGAUGGCGGCGUUAGUGAACGGACGCAAUAUCUUACCACGGCGCGCAAUCUCUUAUUAUCUGGUUCGGAUGCUGUUGAAAGGCUGAUGUCGUCAUAUAAGGAAAUUGUCGCGUUGGCUGGUUACACGCACCGCGUUGCUGGUAUGCUUAAAGUCUUUGAUGAUACCUCGAAGGGAAUUUAUCGCAAAAACACCGUAGCUGCUUCGAAUACUGCAACGGAAUCUACGCAAUCAGUUCUUGAGUUCAGGGACGGCCAACCUGUUGCUAAAGGCAAAAUAAUAUACACGGACGAAUUGGGCAUAACUCUAGAAAAUGUGCCUGUAGUGACGCCGAAUUGUGAUAUCGUAGUGCCGCGACUUAGUCUGCGUAUUGAGCCUGGAAUGCAUUUAUUAAUUACGGGGCCUAAUGGCUGUGGUAAAUCUUCCCUGUUCCGUAUUCUGAGCGGUUUGUGGCCGAUUUAUGGAGGUGAACUCCACAUUCCCCGACCAGUCGAUAGCAGGCCAAACAUGUUUUAUAUACCACAAAGGCCAUAUAUGUCAAUUGGAAGUCUUAGAGAUCAAGUUAUUUACCCUGAUACUAGAGAAGAAAUGUCAAAGAAAAAUGUUACUGAAGAGCAAUUACGUGAUAUCAUGCGCAUGGUGUGUUUAGAACAUGUUGCACAACGUGAUAGUUUUGAUGAAAUCAGAGAUUGGAAGGAUACAUUAUCAGGUGGUGAGAAGCAACGAAUGGCCAUUGCACGAUUGUUUUAUCACAGACCUCAAUACGCUUUGUUAGAUGAAUGCACAAGUGCAGUAUCGAUUGAUGUUGAAAGUUCUAUAUAUCAAACUGCAAAAAAUAUGGGAAUUACGCUAAUGACUAUAACGCAUAGACCUACUCUGUGGAAAUUCCAUACACAUAUACUGGAAUUUGAUGGACAAGGGGACUGGACAUUCCAGGAGUUAAACGAAAAUUCAAAACAGAAAAGCUAUAGUUAGUUUAAAUUGCAGUUACCAUCUAUAAAGGAAACAUCACUUUAACAUAAAUUUUUAAGUGCAUAUCAAAUAAGAACAUGAAGAAUGUGCUCACAGACACUAUCUUGGAGCAUUGCAAUGUGAAGAGAUUUAAAUAUAAUAAACAUGAAAAUUUUUUAUUCUCAGCAACUUUUGUUCAUAGUUCACAUUAAAUGUAAAUUUUUAGCAAGGCAGUGGAUCUGUAUUGC